GAAAUUGGAACUGCGAGGCACGUUCCAUGGGAAAGGAAAAAACACUUCCCCUUUUGCUUCCCGUAGAGAAAACUCCGAUUCCCUUUUGUUUUCAUUAUUUCUUACUUUUCAACAAAAUUGCAGCUGGAAACAUAAUCUACUCUAUCAUUCAGCUCUACUUCUCCAGCAAAAAUGGCCGAUAUCAUUUCAGGCAUCUCCUCUAUCUUCACUUGUCUCAAGGGUUGCUGUUUCCAAUCUUGCAACUACAUCGUCUCAUUUGAGGGGGCCAUCUCGUCUUUGAUCGCAGAGCUCGACCAACUCAAGAGCAAAAGCAUGGAUAUUAAGAGGCAAGUCGAGGCGGCCCAAAGGGAUGAGCUCAAUGUAAAGCAAGAAGUCCUCGGUUGGGUUAAAUCUCUCGAAGACCUCUCUUCGGAGGCUGAAAACAUAAAUGCCGCGUACCGCCGGAAGUUCAAGUGUCUCUGCAACUUUCCUAUUAAUGUGUGCUCCAGCUACCCCCUCAGAACCAGAGCUGAGGCGGCGCUCACGGCGGCGGCCGAUCUUAAGAAGAAGGCCGGAGAGUUCGCCGACGUGGCUGAUGACCUGGAUGUCGAUCGCGUUCUUGAGGUGCCGAAUCCUAAAGUCAUCGGCAUGGAUACAGCCUUGGAGGAACUGCAAGGCCAUGUAAGAGAUGACGACGUCAUCAUCAUUGGCAUUCACGGCAUGGGCGGCGUCGGCAAGACGGCACUUUUGAGAAGAUUCAACAAUGAUUUCGCAGGGAAGGAAUUGGACAAUCUGGAUGUCGUCAUCUACCUCGACUUACCGACGGAGUACCAAGUGGAGGAGCUCCAGAAGCCCCUCUUCUCUCAAUUGAAACUCACAUGGAAAGACGAGGCAACGCAGAGGGACAGAGCCGGCCGCCUUUUCCGCGUGCUGAGCAAGAUGAGAUUUUUACUGUUGCUGGAUAACGUAUGGGAGCCCUUGAACUGUCAGGUCGUGGGAAUUCCACUUCCCCAGCCGCCGUCCAAGAGCAAGAUCGUGUUCGCCACCCGCAUGGAGGAUGUCUGCAGCCGCAUGGGCGCCGAGAAGACGAUCAAACUAGAAUGCUUGUCGAGUGAGGAGGCUUGGGAUCUCUUCAGAUUCAACGCAAAGCUGAAUCUCGCCAGCACCGACGCAUCGAUACUGGAUCUGGCGAGAGCUUUGGCUCGACAGUGCGCCGGCUUACCGGCGGCGCUCAUCUCCGUGGCGCAUGCAAUGGCGAGCAAAAGGACGUUCGCGGAGUGGAGGCAUGUGCUGGCCAUCAUGAAGGAGGCUCCGUUCCAGCUUCCAGGAAUGGAGGAGCAUGUCUAUCAUCCACUUAAACUCUCCUACGACCGUCUGAGCGACACAUUGCGAACGUGCGCGUCCAACUUCGCCCUGGUGCAGGAAGGACGGUUGCUGAGCAAACAAUACGUUACGGAUCUCUGGAUCGGCCAAGGUUUCAUCAACGACUUCGAGAAAUCAUCAGAUACUUCAGACAAAGCAUCAUAUCUGCUCGGAAUGCUACUCGCGGCGUCUCUGAUACAAAGAUUCGACGACAAGUACUUCAAAAUGCACCCUAUGGUUCGCUCCAUGAUAUUGUGGAUGGAAUGCGAUUGCGGGAAGAAGGAGAGCAAAUGGCUGAAAAGAGAUGGACAUGGUCUUGCAGAAGCACCUGGAGCAGAGAAGUGGAGAGUCGCCGAGAGGAUAUCUUUGGGCUGGAACAACAUAGCUCUUCUUCCUGACGAGCCUCAGUGCCCCGAUUUGAUCUACUUGAAUCUCCGAAAAAAUCCUCCUCUCAGGAACAUACCCAACAAGUUUUUCUCCCACAUGCCUUGUCUCAGAAUCCUUGAUCUUCAGCAGACAUCCAUAGAAGAGCUUCCAUCGGGGAUUGGCAAUCUUUCCCAGCUCCAAUUGCUUGAUUUAUCUUUUACAAAGAUUGCGUCUCUGCCGAGGGAGAUUCAAGCUCUGGUGAAUCUCAGAUAUUUGGCGAUGCCAUCAGCUACACAUUUGAGAAGCAUUUCUAGCGCUGUCAUACCUUGUCUUCACCGACUGCAAUGGCUGGAUAUAUACAACAGCUACAGUGGGUGGAGAGUGGCGGGAGCCCUGCAAUCGGAUGGAGAGGGGAUACUUCUCGACGAGUUAGAAAGCUUGAAGAAAUUGAAGGUUCUUGGCAUCACCAUAAGCUCGGAAACUGCUCUUCGAAGACUCUCCGAGUUGCAAAGGCUUGCAGCCGCUGUGCAUUGGCUCCAGAUCGAAGGCUGUGGAACCUUGGCGCGUCUCGACAUUCCAUCUACUUAUUGUUUUGGAGAAAACAUGAAGAAUUUGAAACAGAUCCGACUCCAAGCGAUGCCUGAUCUUGAAGAGGUAAUCAUUGGUGGUGAUCUUCAUGCGCGCAAUGCUCUAUCAUGCCUUAACUUCCUUUAUCUCUCGGCUCUCCCAAAAGCUAAGAUUAUAUGGAAGAACAGGUGUUUAGCGAAUCUAUGUGGGCUGGACAUUCAAGAUUGCAAUGUAAUUGAUCGGCUACUGAAGUUGGAAGACAAUGCAGCUAAUUCUACGGAGACUAUUACAAUCUUCCCUAGAUUAACAAAAAUUGUGCUUCGAAAGUUACCAGAGUUGGAGAGUUUGAGUGACGGAGAUCGAGUAAUAGCAUUCCCUUCCCUGAAGACCAUGGAAGUGAGGAAUUGUCCCAAGCUAAAGAAGCUGACAUUGGUUGCUGAAAACCUGCGAGAGAUCCAAUGUGACAAAGAAUGGUGGGAUAAGCUAGAUUGGUCAGAUGAAAGAACAUUGUCCUUCCAGAAACUCUUCAAGCAAGCGGAUUGAAGAAUUAUUGUCUAGAUUGUUCAUCGUGCAGUAUGUUGCGGUGGUGGCUAGCUUUUGUUCAUUGUAAUUCUCUCUUGGAGUUCUUGAAGACGGUCCCUUUCUUAUUGCUUUGAAGUGCUUUUGAUUUUGUUGGUUUGUGCGUGCUGGGAAAGAUACAGGUUAUUUUCUAGAAAGUUAAUUAUAGGAAUAAACUUUGCACUAUGAUGCUGGAGAUUCCAAAAACUUUCUUAGCGGAGGUUUCUUGUAUUCCGAUUCUUUCAAGCUUUUAUAUGGGCUCGAUGUUGUGUUGUUUAGUUGAUGUGGUUUCAGUUUUUUCAGUUUAACAUUGUGAAAGCCUAUUUGUAUCUGACUAUUCUUCACAUUGAGUGAUGAAGUUCUUAAAAGUGAAUUUUUCUUGA